CUCUCACUAGAAUGAGUUUGUCCUCAGCACAAGAACCAGUGACACUCCAUCUGCAAUCUAAUCUAGAUUGUAACUAUCCUUAAUCCCACAGCUCUAUUCCCUGUAUGCUUUCUCUGUCUCUUGUGAAGACUCAAGGAAGAGAAUCAGCUUUAGCAACAAGAAUGGUCUUGAGAGCCAAAGGCUGAAUCUACCAAGUCAAGAAGCACACAGGGGUUCUGAAUGUUAGGAACCAAAGUACCUCCCUUCAAAAUCGCUCCUAUUAGCCUUUUCCUCAUGCCAGUUGGGUGUUUUUUGUUGAAAGAGGACACUUGAUAGAAGUUACUUCCGGUCCUGUUGACAGUACUUCUCUUGAUUGUUUCUAGACUUUUCGUCUUUGGAAUCAUCACAGAAGAAAAAGAAGAAAUCCAGCCCACAGUCUGCCGACACAGCAAUGGACCUGCUAAAAGCCAUUACCUCCCCACUGGCAGCGGGUGCCAAGUCCUCCAAGAAAGCAGGGGAGAAGUCCUCCGGUUCUUCAAGCCAUUUGGAGAGCAGAAAGGAACACCAUAAGAAGAAGGGCAACGGAAGCAGUGGGGAGCUCUCCUUGGAGGAUAGCAGUGCCCACAAACCCAAAAAAAUGAAGCCACUCUAUGUGAACACAGAGACACUGACUCUUCGGGAGCCUGAUGGCUUAAAGAUGAAACUUAUUCUUUCACCAAAGGAGAAGGGAAGCAGCUCAGUGGAGGAGGAGGCUUUUCAGUACCCUGCCCAACAGACUUCUCUGAAAAAGUCCUCCAAGAAAUUGGCUCGGGACGAGCCAGGUGCUUUACUCCUAGGACACGAGCUACAGAGCCUCCUGAAAACAGCCAGGAAGAAGCACAAGUCCUCCCCAGAUGCACAUUCACCUCCUGGCCCCGAAGGCUGUGGAUCUGAUGCCUCGCAGCUUCCAGAGCCCCACAGUGCUAACCUCGAUAUCACAGGGCUUGACCCUAUGCUAGUAGACUCGGAGUCGUCCUCUGGUGGGGAACUGGAAGCCGGCGAGCUCAUCAUAGAUGAUUCUUACCGGGAGAUCAAGAAGAAGAAGAAGUCAAAGAAGAGCAAGAAGAAGAAGGACAAGGACAGACACAAGGACAAGCGGCACUCCCGCACCAAGAGAAGCUCAGGGCUGGCGGCAAGCACUGCCCGAGAGCACGGCACUGCUCAGGAGCAUUUGGUGACACCCAACCAGGCAGACCUUGACCUCCAAGAGAUUCAGCUGCCUCCCAAGCCAAAAAAGAAGAACAUGUCUGCCUACCAGGUGUUCUGUAAAGAGUACCGGGUAACCAUUGUGGCUGACCAUCCAGGUAUAGGUAAGAACCUUUCCAAGCUUUGGGUUUUGUUCUGUUUUGUUUUUACUUUCUACUCUCUGAAGCAAUUGUUCUCAGCUUCUUCUGUGGGAGUACUGUCACCCCAAAAGAAGUCCCCACCCACCACAAUGCUUUUGCCAGCCUCACCAGCCAAAGCCCCUGAAACAGAGCCCAUUGAUGUUGCUGCUCAUCUCCAGUUGUUGGGAGAGUCCCUCAGCCUCAUUGGACACCGCCUGCAGGAGACAGAGGGCAUGGUAGCAGUGUCCGGCAGCUUGUCAGUGCUCCUGGAUUCCAUUAUCUGUGCUCUUGGCCCUUUGGCAUGCCUGACCACACAACUACCUGAAUUGAAUGGCUGUCCCAAACAGGUCUUGUCAAACACGCUGGACAACAUUGCAUACAUCAUGCCUGGACUGUGACCUCCAAGAUGCCUGGGACAAAAACCUGUCUACCCCUUUACUAGUUUAUGUAAAUAUGACUGUUCCAGAUCCUCCACUGAUCUCUGGGUGUAGGUUUUAAAUUUUUAUAUCUAUAUAUACAUAUAUAUAAUGUACAAUAUAUACAUAGGAUUAUAACUACUUUGCUUUUAAUAAUUUUAUGAAAUGGUAAGGAUUCAGCUAAAAAGGACUUUGGCAUGAAUGUGGACUUGGGGUUAUUUCUUGUGUGAAAAAUAUCUGCCUUAAAAAUCAGUGUAAUUUGGGGAAUAGGGGCUUAUUCUGGGUGCCAUGUGUAUCUCAUUAUAGACAGCUAAAAUGUGAUAUUUUUUUUUCCAAGCUUGCUUGUACCUCCAGACCCAUCACUGACCAUUUGCCUUACCUGUUUUAUAGUUGGAAAUAUAGUAAAGAUUAUGGGAGGAUGCCAGCUGACUACAAACUGUUUGACUCAAAGUGACCCAGGAGAGUUGGAGAUAGAUGGCUUAGUUGGACUGAUAGGGGACUCAUUCCAAUUCCUACUAAGCAGGUAUCUGUGUCUCCAGUUUUAUUGUAACUGUUGGUACUACAGUCAUGUGAUUCUUGGCAGCAGAGAAAUACUUUGGAGAGGCCAAAACUGUUGGUACCACUUGUGGAACCUGCUUUGGCUGGCCAAGAAAGCAUGAUCUAUAAAAAUCAAAGCUGGUAUCUUUCAUUGGCAGCAUUGGUUAACCACCAAAUCCUGAGAGAUCUACAGCUUCUUGGUUCAGCUCUGGUUCCCCUGGCAGGCAGAUUGUGCUCUGCAUCCCACACACAUGUGGAUCACAAAGGAGUCAUCGGUUCUCAGUUGGUUAUAUCUGUAUAACUGUGUGUGAGCAUAUAUUUUAAUUAUGUGUAUUUAACUAUUUAGAAUUUUUAGAUUUUAAUUUAUCCUGUAAAUUUCUGUAUAUAUAAUUUAAUAACAAGCCUCCACCAGCAGUAGCAUGUGGAGCACACAGACUUGUCAUUUUUUCGUGUCUGCCUAAAAGCUCCAGGUCAUCCAUAUGUUAAGGUGUUAUGAUUCAAAAAGGAGCUUCAUGGCCCUCGAUAAUGUUAGGAAAGUGAAAUAGGAAUGUCACAGUUCCCAACUGCCCUUAUUCCCAAAGCACCGGAUCUGCUUCCCCAUUAGAAGAUAGUUGAGCACUCCGGGGUUGUUUGGAAACUUGGUGUGAGAUGCCCUUCCAAAACCGUGCUGAGGUAGCCAUGCUUUCUUCCUCUGGCCUACAUGGAACAGGGCAGCAUAACAGUAAACGCUUGGACCAUGUAGCCAGCUGCCAUCCUGUUUAGUUCCUUCCCAUAGCCUCGCUCUGCUUCACAGCUGAGAGUCUCACAGGUGUUCUGGAUGUUCGGUCCCUUUCUCGGCUCAGAACAGUUUUGAGAUUUAAUCUGGCAAGUAGAGAAAGAAACAGGAAUAUGCAGGAACUGAAAUCAAGAAGAACAGAAAUUUAAAUUUGAGUUAACAGGUAAGAAUCUCAUUUGAACCUGCAGAAGUUUCCUUUGAGAAAUGGUGUGAAGGAGAGGCCAAGAAGACACAUGGUCCAGGAUGCAGCCAGUCAGUCCUCCAUUGUCACUGCUACAGACAGCAAUGAACUGGUGAGAACCGGCCUUUGCGUGUUUGUUUUCCUCCGGAGCCUAGCCCUACUGUAUUUGUUAUUAAAGAUUUGUACACAUUUGUAUAAUAAUCUGUAACUUGUGGUAUUUAGUACUAUUAGAGGAAAAACUUUGGAUUCAGGCCCUCUUGCUGUUUUUAUAUCAUUGUUUUAUUUUGUUUUUUAAAUAAAUCCUAGUGGU